AUGGGCAAUGUAACCGGUGGAAUUCGCCGAGACCAUCCCCUGCAUCCUCCGCCGUACCCAAACCCUAACCAACCUCCGUUGCAGUAUCACCAGUACCACCAGGGAGGCUAUUAUCCGCCGCUUCAAUACCACCAGAAUCAAGGUGCUAGGGCUCCGAUGACUCCUCAGUAUCCUUACGUCGAGCACCAGGAAGCAGUCACUAUAAAGAACGACGUCAAUCUGAACAAGCAGACCUUGAGAUUCGAGCCUGAUGAAUCAGACCCCCGCAAGUUCUUGCUCUCCUUCACCUUCGACGCCAACGUUCCCGGAAGUAUGACUGUAAUGUUCUUUUCUAAAGAAGGCAAAGAUUGUGACUUGGUUGAAACUAAGGAGGAUCUGUUUCCAUCUACAAAUUUUAGUUUCCCAAAGGGUUUGGGACAGAAGUUCCAGCAACCUUGUGGGACAUGGAUUGAGUUGUCUGCUUUAUCAGAGGCUGAGUUGGUUGAGGCGAACGAGUCUGGUGUGUAUCAUGUGGUGGUGAAGGCAGAGGCAUCAUCAUCAUCAGAAGAUGAUGAUAAUGAUCUUGAGUCUAAGACACCGAAUCGUCAGAUAACUCACGCGGUUUUGGAGAAGGAUAAAGGAGGUGAGUACAAGGCUAAAGUGGUGAAGCAGAUCUUGUGGGUGAAUGGGAGCAAGUAUGUUCUUCAGGAGAUUUAUGGGAUUGGUAAUACAGCUGCUGAUACUAGUGGAGAAGAUGAGAACGAGACUGGUAAAGAAUGUGUGAUUUGCUUGACUGAGCCACGAGACACCACUGUUCUCCCUUGCAGGCACAUGUGUAUGUGUAGCGGUUGUGCAAAGCUUUUGAGGUUUCAGACAAACCUCUGUCCCAUCUGUAGACAACAUGUUGAUAAGCUUUUGGAGAUAACUGUCAACAUCAAUGGCUCCAACCACUGA